AUGAGUGACAUUGAAUAUGACAGAGAUGAGGAGAUUAGAGAACUUGCUCCAUAUCCACAAUAUCAGACACAAGCACGUCCAAGAAAAAUAGAUCACAUUGGACUUGACUUGCCAGACGUGGCAGAUCCCAAAUACGAAUCAAAGGACGAGCAAGAUCGCGAUGUACGUUACGAAGUGAAGGAAGAAGCUGAAUUUCAUGUCACUAGAGCUUUAUUCAUUGGUAACUUGCGUCGUCCAAUAAAUGCUACUGCUUUCCAACUGUACUUGAGAGAUUUGGCUAGAAAAGGUGGGAAUUUCAGAAUUGAUAGAGCUUGGAUGAGUAGACCAAGAACACAUGCUAUAGUUUUGGUUAGUACAGAAGAAGGUGCUGCGUAUCUAAGAUCAAAGUUGGUCAAUACAAUUUUCCCAGACUCCGAAGAAGAAGCCAAGUUGAAAACCGAAUUUGAAGACCGAGAAGUCUCGAUUUACGAAGAACAACUUCAGGAAUAUAAUGAUAAAUUGGAAAGAUUACCAGAAGGUGAGAAGGAUCGCUUGGCAAAGCCAUUGGAACCAAGAGAAUAUGUUACUGAAAGACUCCCAUUAUAUGUCGAAUACAUUCCGGUCAAAGCUAUAAAUCAAUGGACUUUCGAGGAAGAUAGAGGACCAAGAGAUGGUAAAUGGAAAUUGGAAUUUGAAAAAAGAGAUGAGGAUGAAGUAGUUGCCUCACAUACUUUGUUGAAUGGUGACUUUAUUCCUAGAUACAUACCGCCAAGAAGAGGGCCACCACCAAGACGUGGAGGAGGUAGAUUUGAUAGGUAUGGCGAUAGAGAUCGUCCAAGAAGAUUUGACACCUAUGUUCCAAAUGGUGGUGAACGAAGCAGAAGAACGGACACUUAUAUACCUACCAGAAAUAGAUCCAGAUCUCCAUCAAGAUCCCCAUCAAGAUCUCCAAGAAGAUACUAA